AUGGUUUCAAAAUAUUCCAAUAAAUUUCACUUAAAACAUAAUAUUCUUAAGAAUCCUAAGAACUCCUGCAUAUCUCGUCUAAAUAUUAAAAAAAAGAAGGGAAAAAAACAAUUUAUUAGCGAAAAAUUUAUGAAAAAACUAGAUGAUAUGACAUUAGAUUUAUAUACACUAGGUUUAAUGAAAAAUUCUAACACUUUACAAAAUAUAAAAAAAAAAACAGAAAAGCCAUCUGAUAUUAAAACGUCAUAUUUAGACAUAUUAGCACAAGUUGAAAAUAACAUAAAUAGUCUCCAAGUAGAAAAAUAG